UCCUUUUUUCGACAAAAACAAUGUGUGAGAGAGAGGAACCAGAGAAGAAAAAAUCGCGAUCGAUCUCCCUCCCUUGUUCAUCAGCAACUUAUCUCGAUCGAUCUCAUCAACUUCUUUCGUAUUGAAACCUUCAUAAACUUCUUUAUGUUGAAACAUUCAUCUUCUUCAAAUCUGAAAGAGAGGAAGAAGAGAAGAAAAACCCUAGAUCGAUCUCCCUUCCUUGUUCAUCAUCUUCUUUCGUAUUGAAACCUUCUUACAUAUUUUUCAUCAUCAACUUCUUUCUGUUGAAACCUUCAUCUUCUUCAAAUCUGGGAGAGAGGAAGAAGAGAAGAAAAACCCUAGAUCUGAUUGCUCUCCUUUCUAAGUUCGUCAAUCUUCUACCCAACCCUGUUAUUUUUUCAUCAGCAACUUAUCUCGCUCGGUCUCCCUCUUCUUUCACAGUUUUGUUCAAACCCAAAUUAAGGUGGUGACUUCAUCUUCCCCAAAUUUGAAGAACUUCGUAUCAAAAUAAAAAUCAGAAUGUCGAACGAGACUGCCAAAUGGACUAUUAAUAUGGGAAAAUGCCUAUGUGAACUUUUGAUCGUUCAAAUACUUGGUGGCAAGAAGCCAAAAUCAUUUCUGAAAGAAGCUUGGAUUGAUGUAAAAGAUGAAUUCAACAGAAAAAAUGAUCAGAAUUUAACUAUGGAUCAGAUUAAAAAUAGGUAUAAUGUGUUGAGGGUCAGACACAAUGACAUGAAGAAGCUAAUAUCCCUUGGUGGCUUUGAAUAGGAUCUGGAAAAUAAGAAGAUUAUAGUUGACGACGAAGGAGUAUGGGAUGCAUAUAUCGGGGCAAACCCAUAUAAAAAAAAGGUACAAGACAAAUGGCUGCCCUAUUUAUGAAGAGUUGUGUACCAUCUUUGGCGAUUCAACUGCAAGCGAUUCUAAUGCAUAUGCUUCGGCUCAGAGCGUAGAUAUUGAUACUGCAGUUAAGUCCUCGAGGAAGGGGUCAUCCGUUGUUGGGGUGGAAGAAGCAAGUGAAAGAUCAACUGCGAAGGCUAAUGAAAGAGAAAAGAGAAAAGCUCAAACAACAGUUGAUUAUGGUCAAACUAAGAGAGCUACAAGUACUACUGGACUAAGUGAAGCUUUGUUUUUUAUUGCUGAUGCGACAAGAGCUAAACAUGUUAUUGAUUUGGAUAAUGACCCUUAUUCGAUUCCGAAUUGUACUAAGUAUUUGCAAUCUCUUGAUAGCGUGAGUGUUCGAAGUUUAAUGGGGGCGUUAGAGAAGUUUCAAGAUGCUGGAUGGAGACAAGUUUUUAUGUCACUAGAUCCUACAAAUCAAAAGGAAUGGCUGAAGACUCUCGGGUCUUAGAGUUUGUGAGAGGUCUUAGAGUACUAGGCUAAUGUUUAUGUCAUCUGAACCUUCGUUGAAAUGGUCGUUUCAUUUUAUGAUUAGAAUCGAAUGUUUAUGGAUUCACUUAUUAAUAAUUAAUAGAUUUGGUUUUCUUAA